AGAAGAUUGAAUGUGUCAUAGUGUCAUCGUGUUGUGGUGCUUUACUGACAUUCGGAUUGUCAUCGUCAAUUCAUUUCUAUGUUCAAAGUCGUCCAUUUGUCAAUUCGUCUGUCCAUCCGUCGUCGUUGUCAGUCUGUCCAUUUGUUCUCUUCAGAAUAGAAUAAUUGUCUCCAAAGUCCAAACUGUGUACAUAAAAAGCAUUAAACUCAUUAACACAGCGAUCAUGGUUUUUCAUUUUGAAUUAUUAAAAUAUUCACGAUUAAAAAAUGUAUCUCUAUCUUUUUUAAUGCGAGUUGAGUGUCUUUUUGUAUCUUUUUGUUCUGCUGUUCUACACAAUAAUUCACCCUCAACCUCAGCAUAAUACGAAUCACUAUCUAUUCUAGUUUGAAAUUCUUAAAUGUUUAUAAAUAAAAUUAAGAACAAAAAGAAGAACAAAAAUAAAAAAGGUAAAACAAAAACGCAACACUGGAAUACGUCCGUCGUCGUGCUUCGCGUCGGGUCCCGCUCGCGUCGUCGACCGGUUUCGCAAAUACCAUUUCGCACGUUUUUAUUCAAAUGAGAUUUUAAAUUAAAACAAAAUGAAAAAUGUUGUUUUUUCUUUAAUAUCUUUAUUUCCACUUGUUCGAUUUAACUGUGACUGUUGGGCUUAACAUCAGUUGACAGUGGCUAACGUUAGAGUGUGAACGCGUGCGAUAUACGGCGCUUUUCAGUAGCUACACAAAGCCAAAGCCAAAACCAUUCAUUAAAUUCUUUAGACCAGCAGGCCUAUUGCUAUUGUAUUGUAAGGGAAGGGAAGACCAGGGUUAACCUGCCUCUGUAAUAGUUAUUCCGAGAGAAGAUUCAGGUGUCCCACCUUAUAGAAGCAGAGCAAGAAGAAGAACAAAAUACAAAAUAUGGACAGAACAAAAGGUCACAUCUCAACCAGACAUGGCGUCGUCAAACAAGGUGUUCUCUGGCAACAAAGUGAUAAGCUUUUUUCAAAAUGGAAGGAGAGAUAUUUCAUUCUUACUCGUGAUCAUUUAUGCUGUCUAAAGAAAGGUGAAGGUGGUUUCCUUUGUGGUGAAACACUUUCUAAGAUUAAAUUAGAAGAUAUUAAAUCAUUAGAAUUUAUAACAAGAAUAACCCAACAAACGAUUGAAUUGACACUGGGUGGCGCUGGAGGUACUGUUGGUGGUGGAUAUAAAAUUGGAAAUGGUGAAAACCAUCGUAUUUUAUUGAAGACAAAUGGGGAUCUAAGAGAAUGGUUUGAUACAUUGAACGCAUGUUGCAAUAUCGCCAAACAACGAAGAAAUCCACAAAGCAAUUAUAUUGAAGCUAUAAAAGCUAGAGGAAGAAAUUUUCGAAGGGAAAAGACUGAAAUAAGACAAAGUUCUUGUCAUAGUGAUGGAUUAAAAUUCAUCAACUUAUCCGACCACCUACCACGUUUCUCCUUCCGAAAAUCAAGUACAUCAUCUUUACAAAAACGACCUCGCAGCAAUUCAGCUUGUCCUUACAGCAGUCCACUAACCGAUAUUGAUUCAUUAACAAUAAAUGGCUUCGACUUGCGUAAGCCCGGAGGAAGUCUCCGUUCGAAAUUACGAAAUUACGACAAAUUAUAUCGAAAUUACGAUUCAACAACCGACAAAGAAGACGACGACAGCCAAGAGCUCAGUGAAAAUGUUUGCUAUCGAAUGAGUCGACUUCAAUCAUAGCUCAAAAUGGAAUAACAAACUAAAAGCUCAAAAAUCAACAAAAUUAAAUAAAUCCUUGAAAUGAAAACUUAAAAAAACAAAAACGAACAAAAACAUAUGUAUAUCAGAUGUAGAUACAGCAAGCACAUCCUUGAGGCUAAACAGAAAUUGAAAAACGUAAAUUCUUUUGCUUUUUUAAGCUUGCCAAGGAAUCUACGUUGCCAAACGAGGGAGUCAUUCAUCAAAAUGUGUACAAUAAAAGUUACUCCCUGGUCUAAAUAAUAGUUUGCAUCGAAAGCAGUAAAACUAUCAUAAAUAGGAUCCUCAUACCUACUCCCACACUGACAGUCAAAAAAAGGUCCUCUUAACUUAAAUAACACUCUAGGUGUACCUAUCCACCUAUCUAUGUACAUAGCGACAGAGAGUCCAAUGUCAUCGUCCUAUUCGGUCCUUGUUGGUCCUCGUCCAUGGGCCAGGGCCAGGCCAACUUUGUCGCAUAAAUUUAACUCUGCCUAACCUUCAGAGUCCAAUAAUAGUGAAUAAAUUUCCGAAAGGACAUUCGGUACAGUAAUGUAUACAAAGAUAUCCAAAUAAAUAGAGUAAGAGAGAGAGGGAGUGAUAGCGAGGAAAAAAAAGGACGAACAGAACAAAAAAAUACAUAUUUAACCCUCCUUAUUACAUAUUCGAUUUAAUUCGUAUAAAUUGAGUCCUUUUGUUCAUUCAUCGCACAAAAACAAGAUGAAGACGAAAACGAAAAGCAGCGAUGGAAUGGAAGGAGAGGGGUUGACAAAAAGGACACUCUCAUCCAUCCGGAUGUAUGGAUGACAAAAACAUUCCAUUACACCAUCUCAUCCUUAUCCUUAUCGAGAGUAAUUUUAUUCUUCUUCAUUCUUCGUUUAAAGAUAGACAUCCUCUUCCUCUCUUCUCCUCAAGGAAGUAAGCCAUUCAUUGUAUAUACCUACAUACAUAUUUAUUUGUAUUGUUGACUUCCAUUUGUACUUAUACACAUAACACUCGUACACAACAAAAUCCCAUAAGAAGGACCAAAUAAAUAACACGCGCAAAUGGAAUCUCGUAUCCAUGUCAAAAGCCAAGGAUUUAUUUAACACAAAGGCCAAGGCAAAUAAUUAAGAUCGUGAAGAAGAUGACAUUAUGGUGGGAAGAAAGAAGGACGACAAAAAGGACCAAAAAGUCGUCUAUAUAUAAUAAUUACAGGUAGUUCAUAAUUGAUUUCAAGGGAAUCCGCACCGCACCGCGUCACGUUACACAAAACACUCCACCACAAGGAAGGGGGAUUAAAUUUAUUAGUUUAUCAGGACGAAAAAUGAUUAUCGUUAUAUCCAGUUAGUGUCAUUGUUGGUCGCGGCUAUAAUAAGGCUUAAACCUGCCUACACACACACCUAAAUAUCCUUGUUUCUGAUUUAAAUUCAAAUUACACUGCCAAAUCAAAAAACACACAACCAACAUCAGCAAGGAUCAAAAGGAUUAAUGUGAGCUGAAGAGUAUUAUAAUGGAUAUUAGGUAGCGCGGCGGAAAAGUCAAAAAAUCAGAAUGAAAGACAACAACAAAAAAGGAAGACUCAAAAUAAAUCGAAGCUUCUUAAUGAGCAACAACCCGCGAGGGAUAUCUAAACCACACCGCACUUCACCAAAGCUUCACCCCAACCCCAACCUACUGCUACCUAAAUUUGCAAUUUGUGCGACAAAAUGUCAAAAUUGGAAUCCUCAAACCACCAACCAUCGCCAUAGUCUUCGUCAUCAUCAACCAUCAGAAAAGCCUCACGUUGGUUGUUGGAGAUGGUUGCCGCCGAAUUGAGAUAAUAAUUUAUGCAAAAAAGGAUGAAAUUUCGCGCCCCAAAAAGGACCAAAAUAUCUUGAAGUAUGGAGAUGAGUUUUGGUUUAUGAAGAUGAAGAGUAAGAGAGAAAAGAAAUAAGUUGGGAUGUUCAUCUAAAUGCAAAUAGCUUAACGCGGAACUCUUUUUGUACUUUUUUGAGGUUAUUUUUUUUUGGUGUUGGUGUGGUUUUUUUUAAAAGGUUUUUGGAAUCAAAAUUGGGAUAGAACGAAAAAUGGGGGUUAUAACUUUUUUUUUGUUUUUGAUAUAUAUAAAAAGAUAAAUGGUAAAAAAGCUUUUGUUACUUUUUGAAAUUUUAUUGUAUACAGAAGUGUAAAUUAGAAAAUAAAAAUGGUGUCAAUUUAAAAGAAAAACACGU